AUGGCGAAACAUACUUGCAGAUAUGCACUCGGAAUGCUCCUGGCGGCAUUGCUAGUCGACAGACGUUUCCACGCUCCGAACAAGCGCCCUGCCGCGUUCGCCCAUCCGCAAGCGCCCUGCCGCGUUCGCCCAUCCGCAAGCGCCCUGCCGCGUUCGCCCAUCCGCAAGCGCCCUGCCGCGUUCGCCCAUCCGCAAGCGCCCUGCCGCGUUCGCCCAUCCGCAAGCGCCCUGCCGCGUUCGCCCAUCCGCAAGCGCCCUGCCGCUUUCUCCCAUUCACAGGCGCCCUGCUGCAUUCACGCCUCCUCCACCUCUCAUGCCCCCCUAUCAAUCUCCCCGGAUCGUGAUACGCCAUUCAUUCUCCCAUCGGCACGCACCGCACCGCGUUCUCCCAUCCGUAAGCAUCCUGCCGCAUUCUCCCAAGCGUAUGCGCUUUGUCGUCUCCUCCUUUACUGCCUUGCACCACCGUCCCCUUCCCCCUCGCCUCCCGUCCUUGCGCCUCGACCCUUACCCACUCUGGUCCCUUCCUCCCUUGCAGGGAAGUCCCAUCCCCCCUCUCAUCCCUUCCUCCCUUGCGCCACCGUCCCAUCCUCCUUCUCCUCCCUUCCUCCCGUUGGCAGGUCCUCUGAUAGGCGCGCGCGAACAGGUGGGGUGAUGGAGCUGUGUGGCGUGGCGGAGGUGGCGCCGUCGGCCAGCGCGGAGGUGGCGCCGUCGGCCAGCGCGGAGGUGGCGCCGUCGGCCAGCGCUGAGGCGUCUGCGGAAGGGAGUAGUGUGGAGGAGGGGGAGGUGGAGGUGGUGGAUUUGGAGGAGGACGAGAAAGGCGGGAAAGAGAAAACGGAGGAAGUGGAAGGGGGGGUAGAGGAAGGGGAGGUAGGGGAAGGGGAGGAAGAGGAAGGGGAGGAAGAGAAAUUUGAGCUAAAGGAAGGAAAGGAAAAGGAAAAGACACAGGGGGAGUGGGUGGCGGAGUGUGAGGAAAACUAUAAGGAGGUUGUGUUCCCGAAGAAUGGAAAGGACAGUGUGGCAGUGAGGUGGAAGGAUGUAGAGCAGCUGAAACCAGGAAGAUUUCUCAAUGACACACUCAUUGACUUCUACCUCAAGCAUCUGGAGGUACAAGCCAUGGAACAGGGCCGCAUCGCCUUCCCGCUUGCUGCAGGCGACCAAUCACUGCCCGCACCACUGCCACCAGCAGCAACUGCAACAGUAUCAGAGGCAGCGGAAGAAGGUGCAGGUGGGGCGAGGCAGGCCCCUCCCUCAGUGCAUUUCUUCAACUGCUUCUUCUUCAAGAGGCUCAUCGGCGAGGAGAAGGCAGCGCACUCCCGCGUGCGUACGUGGACCAGGGGGGUGAACCUCUUCGCCUGUGACUUCGUCUUCAUCCCCGUCAACCUCAGCCUGCACUGGAGUCUUCUGGUCAUUUGCCAUCCCAACCGAGUCGUGUCAGUGCCACCACCGGCACCACCAUCAUUGCAAGCAGCAGCGGCACCACCGCUCCGUGACCCAGCUCCCACGCGCUCAUCGCACCACCCCGCCCACGAGGCAGCGCCGUGCAUUCUGCACUUUGACUCGCUGCCCGGGCUGCACGGGGACGUGGAGGAGGCCGUGCGCUCGUACCUCCAGCAGGAGUACCUCGUGCGCCACAACGUCUCCCCCACGCCAGUGAUCACAAACGCUUUCAACAAUCUGCCUGUGUUUCGCCCAAAGGUCCCCCGGCAGCCGAAUACGAGUGACUGCGGGGUGUUCCUGCUGCUGUACGCGCAGGAGCUGCUCUCCUGCAUGCCGCUCACCGUCUGCCGUGCGCCUGCCUGCCACCAGUGCAAAGAAGUGCUGUCCUUCCCCUGGCUGACUCCCGACUCAGCCAAGCCCAUGCGGGCCGCCAUCCGCCGCACCGUGCUGCUGCGAUCCGGCCUGGAAAAGCUCGUGACACGCGAGCCCAUGGCAGAGGCAUACGCGGAGAUGGAGGAGAGACAGGGCAAUGCUCGCAUGACGCAUGUCCUGCGGUUGCUCGCCCAGGUAGAGCAG